AUCCGAGCCUGAUGGCGAUGUAGAACCGCGAGAUCAGGAAUUCACCUCAGAUGUCCCUUCUUUCAGCCGAGUGGAGGUUGUGGUGGGGAUGAACGUGUACACGCAGACGUGCAGAAUAAAGCGGAUCUCGGGGACGGAUUAAAAUCGUUGUUUGUUUUUUUUUUUGUUUUUUUUUUUGCGUUUCACCACCACCUCGUGUAAUCCCAUGCGAGCUGCGUCGUCCAUGUCUCCUCCGUUCCGGCACUAUUGCGGAAUUGAUGUCCAUGAACACUCUCUUCAGCUAUGAUGACAGAUCAGCACCUCCCACUUUUGGAGGCCACGCCCGUGUUGGCUGAAAUGCCCCUCCACCCGCACAUGCUCAGCCGAGACGGCAUGCAGCAGAUGGUCCUGGUGCAGGUCAACCCAGGAGAGACAUUUACUGUACGCACAGACGAUGGCCAGAUUCAGUGCAUUACAGGUCCAGCGCAGGUGCCCAUGGUGUCCCCGAAUGGCAUCAUGCCUCCCAUUUUUGUGCCUCCAGGUUACAUAUCUCAGGUGGUGGAGGAGAACGGCAUGUGGAAGGUGCUGGUUCUGCCUCAUACGAUGGAGUUUCAUCCCUCUUUACCCCAUGUACCUCCACAUCUCCCAGUGUACCCCCCGCCACAACCAGCCAUGCUGCACCACCCACACUUUUACCCCACUGAGCUCUCUCCUCAUUACAUCCACCAGCUGCCUGCGCUUCCUGUCUACACUGAACAGGACAUGAUGUGCCACACUGUGUCAGUGCCCAUCCGUGAAGAACGUGCAGUGAAAAUGCAAGAGCAGCUGCAGCGCCGUCUGAAAGGCGGACAUCUGAGCGCUGCUAACGGCAUGCCACUCACCCACACCGGACACGGCAAAGUCCGGGCAGGCAUCGCUGCCUCUCCCACACCACCACGUCAUAAACACUCAGUCCGCAACAGAGGCUCCCCUCCAAGUGACUAUGAGGUUAAAGAUCCAGAGGAGGAAAUGAGGCGAGUGCAGGAGCUGCUAUCUACAGUAUGCAAACCUGCAGUGGACAGUGUAACAGCACACUCUGCAGUUCUCUCCUGGCGUCCUCCGCUCCCUAUACUGUCAGAAGCAGAUACACACUUACACUCACUGCCGCUCAGCUACGAGCUGGCCUUGUCUCAGAGUGGCACAGAGGGAGAUUUUAAACUUGUGUACCAAGGGAAAGACACUACAUGUACAUUGGGAGAGCUAACCCCUGCUACAUUCUAUUAUGCCAGGGUGUGUGUGGCGUGUAGCUCAAUGAAGGGAGCCCCGUCAGAGAGUGUGACUUUCACUACACUGUGCAGCGUUCCAGACACUCCUGUAGCCCCCCGAGUUAUCCAGCGCACCCAGAGCUCCAUAAGCCUUCAGUGGAGAUCACCCCAUGACAAUGGCUCAAAAAUCACUGGCUUUUGCUUGGAAUACCACGAGCAGGGAAAACAAAGUGCAUUUAAGGAGAUUUACAGUGGCCUUGUCAAGCAGUACAAAGUUGCGCACCUCAUGCCUUCAACUAAAUAUGCCUUCAGACUUGCUGCUAAAAAUGACGUAGGAACGAGUGCCUUCAGUGCUGUUCUGAGUUGUUGCACAGCCAGCUGUGUCAUGUCUCCUCCUGCUUCUCCACCGCCACCACGUCUGUUAGAGGCCGGCGCAACAUGGUUGAGUCUGGAGUGGAGCGCCCCCUGUGGGACAGCCAGCCGAGACACGCUUUCUUACAUUCUGGAGAUGGAAGAGAAUGGAUCGGGGUGUGGCUUUCAGCUGAAGCAUAAAGGAGAGGAGAAAUCAUGUGUAGUGAAAGAGCUCAGGCGUUACACCUCUUAUCGAUUCAGGGUGUCCGUGGCUGGGCAAGAAGGUCACAAUGUGUCAAGUGCGGUGGUGGACUACAGAACGCUGCCAGAUCGACCAGGCAGCCCAGGAAAACCAGCACUGCACAGUUCUGUACAGCCACACAGCCUGCAUGUUGUCUGGGAAGCACCAGAGGAUGAUGGAGGCUCUCCAGUCACUCUGUACAUACUGGAACUCAGUCAGAGUGAUCAGUGGGAUGUUGUGUACCGUGGGCCUCUCCAACAACAUGUGUGUGAGGGCUUGCAGGAGGGGAGAUUGUACAAACUGCGGGUGUAUUGUGAGAGUCUGGGAGGUCAAAGUCAGAUGUCGGAGAGUCUCUGUGUCCAGACGGCCCCACUGCCUCCAGGACCGUGCCAAGCCUUGCACCCUGCAGAGGGAGCCACAUCCACACAGAUUUCACUAUCUUGGGAUCCCCCGGUGUGUGACGGAGGGGCAGCAGUGUCUCAGUACUGUGUGGAAAUGGCUCAGUCAGUGGGAGACUCUCAACAGCAGGUGUUCGAGGGCUCAGAUCCCAACUGCACUGUGCCACAGCUUCUUCCUGGCACAACUUACCUGUUCUGGGUGAAAGCCCGCAACCCAGCAGGGUGGGGCCCUCUGUCAGACGUGUGCCAGGCUUCCACAACACCAGGAGCCCCAGAGCAGUGCAGUGUCCCAAAUCUUACACUAAGCACUUGCAGCAGUGUACUGGCCACCUGGAAGAGCCCAGCCUGUAAUGGGUCAGACGUGUAUGAGUUUAAGAUGGAGUGGGGUCCGGAGGAAAGUGCUCUGGAGUUGCUGUACUCUGGUUCUUUAUCUCAGUAUGAAGUGAGCGACUUACAGCCUGCCACACAAUACUACUGCAGAGUGCAGGCGGUCAAUGCUGUAGGAGCAGGCCUCUUCAGCGAUGUUGCCACAGUACAGACCCCAGCCUCAGUCCCAGCAGCUGUCGAGCAUGUGGAGGAAAUGAGGCCAGACUCUGUGGGUGCUAGUACAGCUCACAGUACCCCUACAAGUCUGGCUCUAAGAUGGACAGAACCGAAUUGUCAUGGAGCAGAGAUUACUGAAUACAACAUUGACUUUGGAGAGGAGCAACCACUGUCUAUAGGGAGGACAAACUUCCACGUACUGGAAAAUCUUCAUUCAGACACUACAUAUAGGAUACGAGUGCAAGCAGUGAAUAGCAUGGGUGCUGGUCCCUUUAGCGCAGUUCUUAAGCUCAGGACACGGCCUUUGCCUCCUGAACCCCCGGUGCUGGAGUGUGUGGUGGCUGGCCCUCAGAGUCUGAAGCUGAAAUGGGGAGACAGGCUUCAGAACAGUCAUGGCACACACUACUGCUUGCACAUGCAAGCUGCGAUGGACAGGAUGGUUUGCAUCUACAGCGGCCCCUGCCAUACGUUUAAAGUUCAGCGACUGUGUGAGGCUACCGAGUACCAGUUCAGCAUUCAGGCUCACAGUGCAGCCGGCAUGGGUCCCCUCUCCCCUCCUUACUUUUUCAGCACUACACGCUCUCCACCACCUCAGCUCAAACCCCCAAAGGUUGAACUGGUCGAGUGGAACAGGUAUACAGUCACAUGGGAGGCGCUUCAGGCAAUGAGAGGAGACCCAAUUAUUUAUGCACUGCAGCUGUUGAGGGGCCGUGAAGUGGAGCAGCUGUAUAAGGGCUUGGGAACCUCAUACACAUGGAAUAACUCCACAGUGAGUAGUGUGUGUCGUCUGCGCGUGUGUGCCGGUCGUCGGAGCACAGAUGGUGGAGAGCUAUGGGGUCAGUGCAGCCUCAGCACGCCCGUUCCUGCGACUGAGCCACCCAGAAUCUCAAGCCCCCACAAUCCCCAGCCCAGGAAGAGUUGGUCUCUUGCUGAUGAGCGCUUUGCAACAGUUCUGCUCCUCGGCUUCGUCAUAUUGGCCAUUCUGUUUGCCGUUCUCAUCCAGUACUUCAUUAUCGAGGUUCAAUGAGGGAAGAGGAGAGGGAUUAGAUGGGAGGAAGGGAAGCAAAGAAUAAAAUAGAGAAAGAAGAAAAGAAAAAGCGGCGUGUUAGAGCAGAGCAGGCCUCGUAGCACAUAGCCGCCCAGGCUAGCACAGAACAUUUGGAACAUUUGGUAAAAGCCCAGUUGUUAUGAUGAUAAUUAUUAUUAUUAUUAUUAUUAUUAUUACUUUUUUAUUGAAUAUUAGUGCAUGGAAGAAAGAAAUCUAUGUAUGGCAUCAGUAGGUACUUGUGUAAACUGUGAUGAAUGGGACUUCAGUGUGCCGUCUGUGUCUUAUCAGAAGGUUACCUAACAUUUUGGCCAGAUUUUAUGAUUAUUUCAUAAAAAUUUGAAUUUUUUUUUUUUCAUCAUAGAAGCUUCUAUAGAUAAGGCUAGUCACUCUUUUGUUCUUUUGUGAGCUCGGUUGGUAUUCGGUACACAGCAGCCUUAUCAGAACAUUAAAGGACUCUGUUCUCCGUUGCGAGGUCAUGAGAUUCUCCUGAAACACCCUUGAGGAUUGCAGUGAGUCUCUGUUGCUUUUUAAAAAUGAAGUCUCGUGGGCUGAGUGCUUUUUACUGCCUUGGAGUAGCAUAAGGGUUUUUAGUGCAUAGGUCUUGUAGGCAGUAUUUAAAAAAAAAAAAUCCAUUUAAAAGGGACACAGUGCCAAAGCUUUCAUAGACAUAUACAAAAGAGCAUACGCAUAAAUGACCAGAGUUUAUUGUACUCUCAUUUGCAAGAUAAGACAUUUUUUUUAUGUUAAAGAAUCCAUAACAUCAUAACCACAUUAUACAUAAUAAUUGAUUCAGUUAUCUGAGACAUUGGGACAGCUAGAGGUUUAUGCUCUGCUGCCACCAGUGUGUUCUUAUAUGAUAGACUAUACAUACAUUCUAGCUAUGUUCAUGUACAUACAGAUAUGGCAGUAUUGCUUAGAUAGCCUUUAUGGAUAUGCAUUUGUUAUAAAUGUCUCUAUUUAGCUCAAACUGAGCAGUGUAGUCCCUUUCUGCUUUUGGUGAGUUUUAUUUUACAAGUUUUGUUUAACACUAUAUCUUUUCAGUUAAUUUGUAAUAAAUUUUCAUAGUUAUCUUAUCUAAAAAAUUAGAGAUGACGGAGACAUACUAGCACACACCACAUCUCCAGUGUGAGUGAAGCUGCUGCGUAGUUGGUAUUUUCUUGGUUGGUGCUUAGCAAUUCAGCCAAAGGAGUACCCAUUCCUUCUUUCUUCCUCCGCUUUCUCUUCAAAGGACUACACAUGACACAAACGGGAAUUUAAAUCUUUAACCUUAAAAAUAUUUUAUACUUAUGUCUAGAUUGCAAAAUCAACCUUCCCAGUUUCCAGAUGAACUUAAUUAUUUUUUAAGUCAUUAUUGCUAGUUUUUGCUCUUCGGGUCAUUAUAUGACACCACACUGUUAUCAAAAUUAGAAUAAUAAUAGUAAUAAUAAUAAAGUUUUAUGUGAUUUCAUAUCUCCCCCUUUUCGCAGAAUAAUUUCCCGCUUAGAUAUAGUUGAUAGAGCUUGAUGAAGUAGACCCAGAGUGAAGUGCCUCUAUGUGAAAGGGCAACAUGUUGUAAGUACAUCAGUUUCAGUCUAGAGUCUUUGCCUUUCUUUGCCUUGCUUACUUUAAGGACUCUUAUCUUAAUAAUAAAUUGCAGAGUGCUCCUAGUCUCUGAUGCUUUUGUGCAAGGCCUACUAUUGAGCUUCACAUGCAAAUGCAAAGCUGUGUUUCACUACCAAAAGUAGUGAUCAACAUACGUAUUUAUAGAGCUGCUAGUGUUUUUUUAUUUACGAUGAAGAAAAGCUGCUGUUCUGAACUUCCUUGUUUUCAAACUUGAAUAGAGCUGUACGCUGUUUGUUCUUUAUACCUCUUUCGUGUCGCAAAAGCCAUUCUAUUGCACAGCAGAUGCAGUUUUUCCCUUUGCUUUUUUCCUUUCAUGUUAUCAUUUACCUUUAGACGUUUUUCUCCAUCUUGUCGGUCCCAGCCUUAAAGCUUUCCGUUUUACCUGUAUACUUUGCAUUGGAUCGAAUUUCAAAAUAAGUCCUGAGGUCAGAAAUCUCAAGGUUUCUGACCUGUUGAAAAACAGUCUAAAUUACUCAGAAUGCCUUUUAGGAUGUGCAACAACACACUUUCUCAAUGCAUUUACGAAUUAUGCCAAGAUGUACAUGUUAAAGGAGCCUUUUGUGCUACUGUGAGUAUUUAAUAAGUGAUUCCUGGAAAUGAACGCCGUCACUGAGAAAUAUUGCUGCAGAGAGUAAUAACAGAUGAUUAUGUAUGGGAUUUGCAUUUAAAAAGGUGCUGGUAGCAGGUAUCUUUUUUAUAAUGUAACACUUUACAUAAAGGUACAUUAAAUUCAACAGAUACAAUUUUUUAGAAUUCCCUCAAAUAAAAUUCCUUUGCCAGCUACUUGUAAAUCAUUUAAAUCAUGAGCUGUGCUACAGUAUUACCUGACUGUAUACAAUAAUCUCAGUUAUUAUCCAAGGUCACUGUGAAUACAGACUGUUUGAAAGCUGAAAUAUAGUGUAAAUAAUAGUCAUUUCUUUUUUUAUUUUUUACCUGAUCUGUGUAGUUUGGUAUUUAAUCUGUGGAUUCUGUUCUCCAGUCUGUCAAAAAAAGCUAAGCAUUAACUGGCUUGUUAAUACACCCCAGUAUAAAAAUAGACACAGUUCACGUUUGCAGCAGACCUGGAUCACUCACUCUUACCCAAAACAACAGCAUUUAAAAUACAAAUGCUAUGAAAAAAAAACCCAUCACACAUACACUAGUCGUGAAUAAUGAGUUCAUGCACAGAUAUGACCUCAUCACCUUCUCGACAAGUAAAAUUCCUCUAAGUGAAUGAAUCAGCUCACUAUUAUUUACUUGUGCUCCGUCAAACAGAAAAACAAAUACAUGGCUUAUACAUUUAGCUAGAAGAGGGCUAAAACUCCAUCAGGCCUAAAUCAUGUCCUGUUUACAGACGUGUCCAGAGUUAAUGUCCAGCGCUCUCCAUUCUGAUUCUGUAAAUUAUCUGCUUGUGUUUAUCUGGCCUCAUGUUAUUUUAAGUUUCAUUUUCAAUAACAUUUUCUGACUGUUACAGUAAUUGUGCACAAGUAAAUGAAGCCACUAGGCACUAAAUCACAGUCCUGAAGUUGUAAUGUGUGGGAGAUGUCUGUGAUUUUAUCACACUUUUAAUGCACUAUUUGUGUUGCUGAAAGAAUAAAAUUAUUUGAAUUUGA